UUCAUCCCGUCACUCCAGGGAGCUCGAGGCCAGAAAUUCUAUAUAAUUUUUAGUUUAAAAAAAUGCAGCCUUGUUCCUGUGACACUUUUGUGGCAUUACCUCCAGCAACAGUUGGAAACAGGAUUAUUUUUGGGAAGAAUUCAGAUAGACUCUGUGAUGAAGUGCAAGAAGUGGUUUAUUUUCCUGCUGCAAUUCAUAGCCUUGGAGAACGUGUAAAGUGUACUUACAUAGAGAUUGAUCAAGCCCCUGCAACGUAUGCUGUGGUACUUAGUCGCCCAGCUUGGUUAUGGGGGGCGGAAAUGGGAGCCAAUGAGCAUGGAGUUUGCAUUGGGAACGAAGCUGUGUGGGGAAGAGAACCAGUUUGUGAUGAAGAAGCACUCCUGGGCAUGGACCUCGUGAGACUUGGCCUUGAGAGAGCUGAUACAGCUGAAAAAGCCCUCAAUGUUAUUGUUGAUUUAUUAGAAAAACACGGCCAGGGUGGCAACUGCACAGAGGGUGUGAUGGAAUUCAGCUAUCACAACAGUUUCCUGAUAGCUGAUAGGACUGAAGCUUGGAUUCUGGAGACUGCAGGGAGGCACUGGGCAGCAGAGAAAGUACAAGAGGGAGUUCGUAAUAUUUCUAAUCAGCUCUCUAUAACAACCAAGAUUGAUCAGGAACACCCGGACAUGAAAAACUAUGCGAAGCAGCAAGGCUGGUGGGAUGGCAAGAAAGAGUUUGAUUUUGCUGCCACGUACUCUUAUCUCGACACAGCCAAGAUGAAUGCUUCGUCAGGCAGAUACUGUGAAGGCUACAAGCUGCUGAAUAAACACAAAGGAAACAUAAAUUUUGAAACAAUGAUGGAGAUUCUUCGAGAUAAACCAAGUGGCAUUAAUAUGGAGGGUGGAUUCAUGACGACUGCAAGCAUGGUUUCUGUUUUACCUCAAGACCCCAGCCUGCCCUGUGUUCACUUCUUUACAGGAACUCCCGAUCCUGACCGAUCUGUUUUUAAGCCUUUCGUAUUUGUGCCACAUAUUUCACAACUGUUGGAUACCAGUUCACCCACAUUUGAACUUGAAGACCCAAUAAAAAAGAAACCAAAGCCUGACAGAAGACACCCACUCUACCAAAAACAUCAACAGGCAUUGGAAAUAUUAGAAAAUAAUAAGGAAAAAGCUAAAACUUUGUUGGACAACAUGAAGAAACUGGAGAAAGAACUAUUUGAAGAGAUGGAAUCAAUGCUUCAAAACAAGCAUUUUGAUGUGGAUAAGAUUGUUAAUCUCUUUUCUCAAAGUACAAAAGAUGAAAUUAGAAUUUAUAACUCAAGUAUCAGUUCGUAGAUACUAUUACCUUACAAAUGAUAUAACCUAGUUGGAAAGAUCUAAUUUUCUUUAAUAGCAUCUUGUUGAAAUAAUGAGAAAAGAUAAAUGCUGGAAUUAGACAGAUAUAUCCUGGAAUAGCUAAGUGUUACUCCAGGUUCGCACUUGUGUCAUUUUGUUUUUAACAAUAGUAACUUUUGUUUGGCAGAAUAAUUUAUUGCUACAUAAAGGGUGAAAGAUUAUAAUCAUACAUUAAUUUAUGUUUACUGUAAUCAUGUAGUGCUUUAAAAUAACCAAUUACAUCAAGAAAACAGAUUCUUCAUUAAUAAUGGAAAACACUUCAAAUGGCAAGUUUUUAUUUUCUUUUAGGCAACACCGACCACUUCUAACAAGAAAAAUUUUUGGAUUUACACAUUAUGUCUUUAUCAGUAUAGUGAAUUAAUUUUAUAAAUGUGAUUUUAUUAAAUUCAAACUUUUUUGUCAAGACAUGGCUGAUCAGAUAGCUUACAAUUCUAGUUAGCAUGAGGGGGAUGAAUUCUCUUUAAUGGACUUUUCAACUAAUAAGAUAUUUUUAGAAGGGCUUAUCUGGGAGAUGUGUGAAUGGGAUUAGAAAACUGAGAGUUUAGGAGAUAUAGCUUCAUCUUCCUCUCAUUUUUACUUCUAUUCAUUUGGUAAAAACAAGAAUAGAAAUGAGGUAAUGGCAAUGAAGCAGAAUUAUUAUGUGUUAUUAUAUCAUAAAAUUAUAAUAUAUUAUGUAUUAUAAACAUUGUGAGUUCUAUCUUCCCAAGACUAAUAUUUAUUAAAGUUACAUACAUUUUACCAGGUAGGACAAAACCUGUAAAGAUAAAGAAAAGAAAAAUCACAUUAAAAAUGCAUCAUUUUUUGUUUUUUAGAGUUGUCCGUUUUUGUAUUUGAUUGCAUUGUGUCUAAUGGUUGCUAUCUUUGGAAUAGGAUUAUAAUAAAGAAGUGGAUUCUUAUA